AAUUAGGGCUCUUUCCCCCCUCAUCUUACCACCACAACAGCCAAAGUUGGUAUAAAAGUUUAAGACAUUCAAUCAGAACUCAUCAUAAAAGUUUAACAAAAUUUGAGCAACAAAAAAAAAUCUAAACUGCUUACUGUAAAAACAGCAAAGUUAACUCUGACUAACAUAGUCAACAAAGCUUGCAGUGUCAACCAAGCUCUAAACGCUCAUUUCAACACUUACUUCUUCUAGUUGCCAUCCAAAUUUACUGUAUUUUUUUUGUAGUUUUAAUAAGGUCCAAUUGUUGAUCAAGUUAACUACCCAAGUAUGAUUGUAACACCGAUGUCUUCACAAAAAGCCUCCAUCAUUGACCCAUCCGAGCUGUAUCGACCAGAAUCUAACAAAGAAAAAAGUGAAUUCAGACAAUAUACUACUAACCAGGAUGACCCAAUCCAGAAGAGAGUUCAAGAAACCUAUUUAAAAAUGCACACUCAUCAAACUGUUGAUUUUGUGGACCGCAAGAUGGCUCAAUGGACAAAAUUUGACAAGAUGGAGUUGACAAUUAUGGAAGCGUUGGAAAAGUUGAACGAUGUUAUCGAUGAAUCCGAUCCUGAUGUUGAUAUGCCCAAUAUUGUACAUGCUUUCCAAACAGCUGAAGAGAUCAGGCGAAAACAUCCAGACCUUGAUUGGUUCCAUUUGACUGGAUUAAUUCACGAUCUGGGUAAAGUAAUGGCCUUUUACGGUGAACCUCAAUGGUCCGUUGUUGGUGAUACUUUUCCAGUUGGCUGUGGUUAUGCUGAUUCAAUUGUUUACCGGGAAACAAGUUUCAAUAUGAACCCUGAUUUGUAUGAUUCAAGGUACAAUACCAAAUUUGGAAUCUAUUCACCAAACUGUGGACUUGACAAUGUUAAAAUGUCUUGGGGACAUGAUGAGUUUAUGUACCAGGUCUUGAUUAACCAUCCAAACAUGAGUUUACCAGAAGAGGCUCUUUACUGUAUUAGAUAUCAUUCAUUUUAUCCAUGGCACAGUUCAGGAGAUUACAUGUUUCUUUGCGAUGAAAAGGACAAGAAAAUGUUAACAUGGAUCAGAGAGUUCAACAAGUUUGAUUUAUACACUAAAAGUGAAAAUGUACCUGAUAUUGAUCAACUUCGUCCUUAUUAUCAAUCACUCAUUGACAAAUACAUUCCUGGUAAAGUUAAAUUUUAACUUAACUUGGCAUUUUCAAUGAUACUUAUCAAUUAUUGUUUUAACUAUAACAUUACCUUUACCUUUCUAAUUGUUUUAAACACUUGUAUCAAAUUUGUUUUUCAUAUUUAACCGUUCAUUUAUCUUAUGAACAAUGCUUCAAUCAUGUAAACAUCACAUUCAUUCAUCUAUUCACUGUUAAUUAUUUCAAAUUAAAAAUUCAAAUUA